AAUCGAUUAACCAGACAAAAAAAGAAAGCGCGCUUUGUGAAUGUAAGGAUCAAUUUCAUUGGUCGAACAAAUAAGCGCAAUCGUUCAAAUGUACACAAACACACCGAUAUUGACAGAUAAAAGAUUUUAGAAAAAAAACCUGAAAGACAAGAAAUGGAUGAGUUUUUGCAGGGACCAAUACAGCGGCUCCCGCCACCGGCUGAUCUAGCCAAGUCCAGGACUUUCAGCACCAGUACCCCUUUCAUAGGCAACUUGAAUGUUCUGAAGGGACGUGGACUUUUUAGUACAACAGACGACAGUGGUUUGGGAAACUCCCCAUCUUUGACUGAACUCUCAAUUUGCACUCCAUUUCAAAGUGGGCAGCCAACAGUAUCUGUGUCUAUAUGUGUUACUCCAACUAAAGACCUCUCAUUUGCUCCAUUCCAUGCUAGCAAUACAUCAGUUCACUCAAGUGGCUUGGGCUAUUCAUCGACCAGAAGUGUUUUUACACGAAGGAGCCUUGACUCUGCAUGUUCUGUAAGCAGUGAAACCAGAGUAUUUUCUACUAGAUCUGAUUCAUUGAAUUCUAGUCACAAGGAACUUUCGCGAUCCUUAGUAAGAAGACUAGACUUGGACAUAGACAUUUAUGAUUACAGCAACAAAGGUGCAGAAUCUGCGAACAUCUUGAAAAACCCAGUAUUACCGAAAAGAAGUGAAACUGUUUUGGCUAGCUGCUUUGAAGACGCGUUGAAGAAGUUUUCCCCAGAGCAAUCUGAUCGAUUGAUUGGAAGGAAAAUAGGACUAGCAUCAGUGGAUAUAAUCUUUGAGUUGUCUCAGAGAAAUAUUGCAUGCUUGUCCACCAUUUUGACAUUUCUACACCCACAGGACUUGUGCAGCAUGUGCAGCGUGAGUCGCUCCUGGAAAGAUGUGGUUCUUAAAGACUGCAGGGCGAACACACGUAGACGGAAGUUGAUCAAGCAGCAUCGUGUCCGACUGCAGGAGAUGGGAAAGGAGAAUGUGGGCAAGAGACCAGCGAUGCGCUCCAUGUCACGUGAUGGCACUGCCCCCUUGCAGAGACUUCCAGGCAAUCAGCUGACCACAGGUGAACCACCCACUCCUGGUGGGAUACGGGGAGAGAAAACACUUGCUCAACAGUUUAUUGAGGUUGGAUCCCAGCUGACGAAUGAAGAGAAGCUUCAGAAGUGCCCGCAAUGUCGCAAACCGGCCAAGUGCCUCCCCAUUCAAGAGCGUGGCAUUUGUCAGAAUCCGGACUGUCUCUACGACUUCUGUACAAAGUGUUCCUACAAGUUCCAUGGCUCGAAAGAGUGCGUCCCAAUUAUCACCAAGAACUCGGAGAAAACAUCUACCAUCGGAACAAAAAAGAGCAAGAACAAUCUGAAGAGACUUUGAAUGAUUAACUGGUUUUUGUUGGCAUUCAUUUGUAUCAGUGCCUUUUUGCCAUUGCUGAAGGUAUUUAUGUACAAGGCAAUCAUGGUUCAAGAAAAAGGUCGAUUCCUGAUCUCUGAAACUGUUGGUUACUUUGCCAUGGUGACAUGGUGUCCUUUGUAUGCAGGAAAGAAGGAUUGCUGGAUGUAAGGAUCAAUCAAAAUAUCUGAUGAAACUCAGAAUCACGAGUAACUGCACUUCAGCUUGAUGAACUUAAUGUUGUUCAGUUUCAUUUUAAUAUGAAAAGUAUACCUUAUAAAUAGGCUGAUUAAAAUCUGGUUCUGCUUGUAAUACAAGUCUCAAAAGCCAUGAUAUUUGACUGGGUUGUGUUGCAAUUUAAAGAUAGUUGCUAAUACAUAUUGUAUAUUCCCACGGUCCCACCGGUACAUGUCUAUCAUGCAAACUGAUUUUCAAAGUCACCAAAUGUCUACCAAGUACAGACAGACAUUUUUCUGACCAGUCCUGCAAAUGUGUACAAUAUAUGGAGUUUGUACACUUCCAAUCUGUUUUAUGGUCUAGUGAAAGAGUUGUGUACAUUUGUACUGUGCACUGUGUUUAAUCCUUGUACAUAGAGUUGGAAGGGCUUAUAUGUACUUUUUUAAGGUACCAUAAUCAUAGUAUUUUGGUAGAUGAUGUUGGAAUAACAUCUUUAAACUGUUUCAUAUUUUAUUGAUAUUUUAAGUACAGAAACCUUUUAAUGUGGUAUUUACAUUGGCUUGCUCGAAAAAGUUUUAAUACAGAUCUGGUUUUUGAAUGAUGAAGUUCAUUUUAAACUGUUAACCCACAUACUAUGCAUGUACUUUGUAUAAAUCUUCGAUCUCAAAUUUGUUUUUUAUCUUUGCUCAGUUGAUUGAUGGGGACAUUGAUAAAAUCAGGUUGCUUUGCAUUUUCAAGAUUAUUCAUGUUUGAGUUCAUUAACAUUCAAAUGUUUUGUCUGACAAUCCCUAUGUGCCUUGGUUUAAAUUCUAAAUUGUUAAAAGUUUCAACUUUCAGGGCCCGAGGCCUUAUUGAUAGUAACCUACUGGUAUGUAGUGUUUAUGUAUUGCAAUGUGUUCAAAGUUUGUAUUAAAUGAUCUCAAUUGUAUGUAUUAAACAUAUACACUUUUUGCAUGUCAAUCUAGUCACAGUACAUGUGGAGCAGAUUUUAAAUGAUCGCAUUUAAUUAUCCGCCGCCAUAGGCGGAGGGAUAUUGUUUGGCGUUGUCCGUCCGUCCGUCUUUCCAUCCGACCGGCACUUUUGUGUCCGGAGCCAUAUCUUGGAAGUGCCUAGGCAGAUUUCAAUGAAACUUGGUAUGAGUAUAUAUAUAUAUGGAUAAGAGGAUGAUGCAUGCCAAAUGGCAUUGUACACCAUUGGAUAAUAAAGGAGUUAUGGCCCUUUGUAUCUUGAAAAAAUGCUUUUUUUAAGUGUCCAAUAUAACACUUUUGUGUCCAGAAGCAUAUUGGCGGGGGAUAUCAAUUCAAAGAAUUUGCUUGUAAACAAUAUUUUUGAGCUAUGCCUAUAUGUAUGAGCAUUAAGUUCAUAGUUCAAGUUCUUCUUUCUUUGUAACAUUUUUCAGAUCAAUUGAAAAGUGGAUAUGAUAUGUAACUGUUUGAUGAAGUGUGAGGCUGUAUGUAAAGUUAUUUAUUGUUCAAUAUGCAUGGUUUGAAUGUAAUUAACAAAAUUCCUUACAAUGCCACUGAAUAUUUUUAUAAUAUGUUUUAUUAUCUUGAUCUACAUUUUAUAUUUUUGUGUUGUUUACAGAUUAAUUUAUGAAUAAAUUAUGCAAUAUUGAA